GGGCUUUUUAAGAAUGCUUUGUAACAUUAUAUUUCUAACUUUUUGUAACUUGUUAAUAUAAUUGUUUUAUUAAGUUAUCUAUCUUGUACACAAAGUAACCCAAAAAAUAAGAAAAAAUGGGAAGAAAGAUCACAUCCGUCGCGCCUACCCUUCUUAUCGUGGUCAUAUCAAUGGCUACCAUCAUUUCACUUGCUCGUUCUUUUCGUCGCCCUAUAUGCUCCACUUCUUCUUUAACCUCCAAACACCUCAAUAAAUCUCGCAUCUGCCCCCUCUGGUCUCCUUCCUUCUUCCGCUGCCUCCCUCCUCCUCAUCGCACCACUCUCCUCCGCCACCGCCACUCUCCGCCUCUCACCGCCGUCAACCCCCUACGCGCUUCACUUUCCUCCGCCACCAUACCGUCCACAAUGUCAACGGUCUCCGAUGAUAAUCCUCUCUUGAAGAACUUCGACUUUCCUCCGUUCGAUUCGAUCGAUGCCAGUCACGUGCGCCCAGGCAUGCGUGCCUUGUUGAAGAAGCUUGAUAGUGAUUUGGUGGAAUUGGAGAAAACUGUGGAGCCUUCGUGGCCGAAACUGGUCGAGCCGUUGGAGAAGAUGAUGGAUCGGUUGACUGUUGUUUGGGGAGCUGUUAAUCAUCUCAAGGCGGUUAAGGAUACACCUGAACUUCGUUCUGCAAUUGAAGAGAUUCAGCCAGAAAAAGUGGAAUUUGACCUAAAAUUGGGCCAGAGUAAACCUUUAUAUAAUGCUUUUAAGGCGAUAAGGGAAUCAAAGGAUUGGGAUGGAUUAAGUGAUGCUCAGAAACGCAUUGUUGAAUCAUCAAUAAAAGAGGCUGUUCUUGGUGGUGUUUCCCUUGAAGAUUCUAAGAGAGAAGAAUUUAACAAAAUUGAACAGGAAUUGACAAAACUUUCUCGAAAAUUUGAUGAGAAUGUUUUGGAUGCCACUAAGAAGUUUGAAAAACUAAUAACAGAUAAAAAAGAAAUUGAAGGAUUGCCGGCUACAGCUCUUGGUUUGGCUGCACAAACUGCCUCGUCUAAGGGUCAUGAAAAUGCGACGGCUGAAAACGGGCCAUGGAUGAUUACAUUGGACGCUCCAAGUUUUAUGUCAGUCAUGCAACAUGCUAAGAAUCGGACUUUAAGGGAGGAAAUCUACCGUGCUUAUGUAACCCGUGCUUCUAGUGGAGAAUUAGAUAAUACUCCAGUUAUUGAACAAAUUCUAAAACUUAGAUUGGAGAAAGCUAAGCUUCUUGGGUACAAUAACUAUGCAGAGGUAAGCAUGGCAACCAAAAUGGCUACUGUCAGUAAAGCUGAAGAAUUGCUAGAGAAGCUCAGGAGUGCUUCAUGGAAUGCUGCAGUUCAAGAUAUGGAAGAUCUCAGGCAGUUCUCCAAAAGUCAAGGUGCUCCUGAAGCUAAUGAGUUGACCCACUGGGAUACCACAUUUUGGAGUGAGAGGCUACGUGAAUCAAAAUAUGAGAUAAACGAGGAAGAACUGAGACCGUACUUUUCAUUACCUAAAGUCAUGGAUGGUCUUUUCAGUCUAGUGAAGAUGCUAUUUGGCAUUGAUGUUGAACCCGCUGACGGUUUAGCACCAGUUUGGAAUGCUGAUGUCAGAUUUUACCGAAUCAAGGAUUCAUCAGGCAAACCUAUUUCAUUUUUUUACUUUGACCCGUAUUCUCGCCCAGCUGAAAAAAGGGGCGGUGCAUGGAUGGAUGAGGUUGUUGCAAGAAGUCGAGUACUAUCAGAUGACAAAACCUCUGUUAGGUUACCCAUUGCCCAUAUGGUCUGCAAUCAAAUGCCACCUGUUGGAGAUAAGCCAAGCCUUAUGACAUUUCGCGAGGUGGAGACUGUGUUUCACGAGUUUGGUCAUGCACUUCAGCACAUGCUAACAAAGCAAGAUGAGGGUCUUGUUGCUGGUAUACGUGGUAUAGAAUGGGAUGCUGUUGAAUUACCUUCUCAGUUUAUGGAGAAUUGGUGCUACCACAGGGAUACACUGAUGAGUAUUGCAAAACAUUAUGAAACUGGAGAGACUCUCCCAGAAGAGAUAUAUCAGAAGCUUCUUGCUGCUAGGACUUUCCGUGCUGGCAGUCUUAGCCUUCGUCAGCUAAAAUUUGCUACUGUUGACCUGGAGCUGCAUAGCAAGUAUGUUCCUGGUGGGUCUGAAUCAAUUUAUGAUGUCGAUCGAAGGGUCAGUGAAAAAACUCAAGUAAUCCCUCCACUUCCAGAAGACAGAUUCCUGUGCAGUUUUAGCCAUAUUUUUGCAGGCGGGUACGCUGCUGGAUAUUACAGUUAUAAGUGGGCGGAAGUUUUGUCUGCUGAUGCUUUCUCGGCUUUUGAGGAUGCUGGAUUACAUGAUGACAAGGCGGUCAAAGAGACAGGGCACAGGUUCCGUGAAACUAUUCUUGCACUAGGUGGUGGAAAAGACCCGCUAACGGUUUUUGUUGAAUUCCGUGGGCGAGAACCCUCACCUGAGCCACUGCUCAGGCACAAUGGUCUGUUACAAGCUGCAGCAUGAUUCAUAAUUUGGCUCUAGCCUCAACAGGAACAGGUUCUCCAUCCGAAACUUGGGUUUUUUGUUGGAUUUAAAACAAGAUUGCAGUUGACAAGGGUUUUUUUUAAUCAUCAGUUGCACAAUGAGAAUCUCUCUUUUUUAGGACCUGUCAUAGGGUGGUGUAAAUUUCCUUCUCUACUUUAGCAGUGUAUUUUGAUACCCCAAGCUGUUUGGGUGCUUCACUCGGUUGGCAACUCUAAUUAGCAUCUAAAAUUCCAAAUAAAGUAAUUUAAAAAGGCAUAACAUUCUGUAGCAAAUUUCCUGACAUCUUAUCUUUCUGCCGUGUAUGCUAAUGAUAUGAUAUCAACAUACUAUUCUGGGCUAAUAUU